CUCUACACCCCAGACACACACAGUCCCCCCGCUUUCACCUGUUCCGCGUGCGCGUCCCGUUCCUCCGCGUGUACCUGUGAGGACCUUUCUGUCUCUAUCUCUAUAUUUCUCUCUCGAGGAUGAUUACGCGCGCCCUGCUGCCGUUAGUGCUACUGUUGCUCGCGCCGGCCGCUCGCGCCGAGCCGGCGUUCCGCUGCCCGAGCUGCAGCGCUGAGCGCCAGGCGGCGUGUCCCGCGCUCGCAGAGCCCUGCGCUGAGAUGGUGCGCGAGCCGGGCUGCGGCUGUUGCCCGGUGUGCGCGCGGCAGCAGGGCGAGCCGUGCGGGGUGUACACGCCGCGCUGCUCUAGCGGACUACGCUGCUAUCCGCCGCCCGAUUCAGAGCUGCCGCUCGAGCAACUCGUGCAGGGACGCGGGCGGUGCGCGCGCAAGGUGGACGCAGAGCCCGCGGGGAGCGCCGAGCUGAGCGGUGAGGUGGUGGAGCCUGUGGAAGUGGGCCAGACUGAGGUGCCUCCGAUAAGGAAGCCCACAAAGGACAGCCACUGGAUCGGGCCUAAGGAGAGCGCUGUCAUUCAUCACCGCCAGCAGCUAAAAACCAAGAUGAAGUACAAAGGGGACGAGCCUAAAGUGCCGCGUGCCAAGCCGAGUCAGUGUCAGCAGGAGCUGGACCAGGUGCUGGAGAGGAUCACCAAAAUGCCCUUCAGAGAUAAUCGUGGCCCUCUAGAGGACCUCUACUCUCUGCACAUACCUAACUGUGACAAGAAGGGGCAGUACAACCCAAAACAGUGCAAGAUGUCAGUGAACGGACACCGAGGUGAGUGCUGGUGUGUGAACCCUCACACAGGCAGACCUAUCCCCACCUCCCCGCUGGUGAGAGGGGACCCCAACUGCAGCCAGUACCUUGAUACCCUAGAGGUGGAGCCCCCACCGGUACCCCAAAACUAAACCAGCCCUGAAUCCCGAACACCCACCGCAAUACCUACGCCAAGAGCCGAGGUCCAAAAGGACCCUGAAGAGUCAGUGUUUUUAACCCCUUAAACAAGCUACCAAUAUACUUUGAGUGUA